UUAAAUAAUACUCCAAGUGAAGUCCAUACAAACAACUUCUCAAAGACUAUAAAUACCUCAGAGUGGUAGUCUCUUGGCAUUCUCACUCACACAAAAAACAACUUGAAAGAGUUGAAAGCCUGCCUCUGUUUUCAGUUUUUCCAGUAGAGAAAAAGAAAAAAAGGAAGAGAUGUCGAACACUGUUGGUCAAGUCAUACGUUGCAAAGCUGCUGUGGCAUGGGAAGCAGGGAAGCCACUGGUGAUGGAAGAAGUGGAGGUGGCGCCGCCGCAGAAGAUGGAGGUUCGUGUGAAGAUCCUCUUCACCUCUCUCUGCCACACCGAUGUUUACUUUUGGGAAGCCAAGGGUCAGAACCCUUUGUUUCCUCGAAUCCUUGGGCAUGAGGCCGGAGGGAUUGUGGAGAGUGUUGGAGAGGGAGUGACAGAGCUUGUGCCGGGAGACCAUGUGCUUCCAGUGUUCACUGGGGAAUGCAAAGAAUGUGCUCACUGUAAGUCUGAAGAGAGCAACAUGUGUGAUCUCCUCAGGAUUAACACGGAUAGGGGAGUGAUGAUCCAUGAUGGGAAAUCAAGAUUCUCUAAAGACGGAAAGCCCAUUUACCAUUUUGUCGGAACAUCCACCUUCAGCGAGUACACGGUGGUACAUGUUGGUUGUCUUGCCAAGAUAAACCCGCUUGCUCCUCUUGACAAAGUUUGUGUUCUUAGCUGUGGUAUCUCAACAGGCUUUGGUGCCACUGUGAACGUUGCCAAACCAAGAAAGGGCUCAACUGUGGCUGUUUUCGGAUUGGGAGCAGUAGGCCUAGCAGCUGCAGAAGGAGCUAGAGUUUCAGGUGCUUCGAGGAUUAUUGGUGUGGAUUUGAAUCCAAACAGAUUUGAGCAAGCAAAGCAGUUUGGUGUGACCGAGUUUGUGAACCCUAAAGACUAUAACAAGCCUGUUCAGGAGGUGAUUGCUGAGAUGACUGAUGGAGGAGUCGACAGAAGCGUCGAAUGCACUGGACACGUUGAUGCCAUGAUCUCAGCAUUCGAAUGCGUCCAUGAUGGCUGGGGAGUUGCUGUUCUGGUGGGAGUCCCCCACAAAGAUGCUGUAUUCAAGACUCACCCUAUGAAUUUUCUAAACGAAAGGACACUAAAGGGAACCUUCUUUGGUAACUACAAACCCCGAUCAGACAUUCCUGCUGUCAUAGAAAAAUACAUGAACAAGGAGCUUGAACUGGAGAAGUUCAUCACUCAUCAAGUCCCAUUCUCGGAGAUCAACAAAGCCUUUGAUUACAUGCUCAAAGGGGAAAGCAUUCGAUGCAUCAUCCGGAUGGAGGAUUAGAAUGAAGGGAAUCACGUGGUCGUAUCCGGUGCAGUAUAGUUUUCCAUCUGUCAUGAAAUGAUCAUAGAAAAACUCAGUCUUGUUGUUUGUCUGGCUAUAAGUUUAAGAUGCUCAGUCUUCUGAGCAUAGCACUUUUUUGUGUUAACUUCACUUCUGUUUAUUACAACACUACUCUGUUCAAGUAAUAGAAGAGUGUGCAUAAUCUA